UGUAUUUCUGACCACUGCGUGCGGCGGGGGGAAGACGCGUUGUUUAUGUUUAUCUUUUAGUGUGUAAUACAUUCAUACGAAUAAUAAGAUUGUUAUUGUUUGGUGUCAAUAUUCUUUAAAAAAAAUCUAUAGAAUAUUGUGCUCAGUUUUCUUUUAAUGGAUCAAUAUAAAUUAGAAAAAUUAUUAUUUAUAUUUUUUGUAUUUAUAACAUGCGGAUCUGUAAUUACAACUAUUUGCAGUGGAAUUGCAUGGAAUCAUUGGAAAGAAGUAUUGGAUAAAUGUGCAUUUCCAGAAUGGGCAAGACAUCAUGAUAAUUGUGGAUGUAUACUAUUCGGAAAAAAAUUUGAUAGUGGUUUUCGUGGUGGUGCAAUCUCAAAUUGUUACUAUGUUACGUUUGCCCCAUUAUUAACAGCAGUAUUUUUGGCAGUAUUAGCUGGAUAUCAUUGUGUGCGAGUUUUUAUUAAUAAAAAGGGAAAACCUAAUCAUAAUGUUAUGGUCGAAAGAAGUUUUGGUGACGUUGUUAUCACUGCGACUCCAAGCGUACAAGAAGAUGGCGGAAAUCGAAAAGUAUGGCUAAUACUAUGCGGAGUGAUUGUUUUCUUUUCAAUUUACAUUCUUGUCUACGCCAUUGUACUGUCAAAUGGUUAUUACAAAACUUGUGAUCAAUACCGUAUUGAAAUAUCGAACGAUUUGAAGGCAUUUGGUAAUCAACAGGCUGUUAUUUAUGGACGAUUGUCUUGUUCAGCAAUUUAUGAUUUUAUGGAUUAUUUAUUCCCAAAUUAUGAUGUCUAUUCCCGUUCACAAUUUAUCAAUACAUCGAUAACAUUAUUAUUGGCAAUUCAAUCAGCAUGGUUAUCAUUUAUCCUGGCAUUAAUUUCAAGCGUUAUUUACUUUAGGAUUGCACAAAUUAAUAAAAUUUAAAUACUUUUCUUGCCAUUAUUUUAAGUUACCAAAAUGCAUUCUUUACUAUUGUUAUAAGGUAUAAAGCCACGUUUAGUCAAUGUCAAAUAGCUUUUUUGUAAAAUAGGUACUUGUAUAUGUGUAGGUCAUAAUUUACAAAUUGAAAAUUUGUAAGUAACUUUAACUAGUAGUCUGGUGAAACAUUCUCUAUGAUCUAAAAAAAUUUAUAAGUAUCUAUUUUAGAAAAAAGUCAAACCGAUUUGACGAUCUGCUUCAAAAUCGCCAGAUUAAACAAUAUUUUCAGCUAUUUUGACACGGCUAAUUUGUUUUUUCUGUAUUAUUGUUUAUUUUUUUCAUCUAUAUAAGUAUGUUAUAUUUUUUUAAAUAUAUUCUAGCUCCGGUUGUUAAGUACAUGCGCCAUAAGUAAAUCGAGCAAAAUGAACAGAUAUUGAGUAUAAUUGAUCUCAAAUUUAAUUGUUACGAUUAAUUUUCUUUGUUAAACCUUUCAUAAACUUGGAUAUUCCGUUGAUGAAGCAGCUAAUUUUUCAAUAUUCUGUCCCUUACAUUAAUUUCAUUGAACAAAUGCACAACUUUUUUUAUGUUUAUAAAAAUAAAUUCGACUCCGUUAAUAUCUUUAAAAGCCUAAUUCAAAAUUAGGUGCCUUUGACAAAGUGCCUAUAUUUCAUAUAUUAAUAAGUGAGCUUAAUAUAUUUGGACUGCCUAAGCUAAUAUUUUAUAUAAUUAAAUAGAAUUUAAGUAGAAUGUACAAAUGUUGAUGUUUUAUUUAUGACACUGCACAAUAGAAAUUUUAUUUUAAAUUAUUCUAAACU